AUGUUCGGCCACCGACCCGUCCGCAGCCUCUUCGUGGUCUGGCUGCUCUGCGGCUCGUUCCAGCCCGUCUCCGUGUCCCCGUCGGCUGCCGGCUCUCCGGUUGAUUCUCCACCAGACACGUCGCCUGCUCAACGUACGUCCAAGGGUUCCAAUGCACCCAGCAAGGACAUCGCCAGCCAGGCUGAAGACUUCUCCGCGAACCGUUCGCUGCGUGUCAAGCGCGAGUGCCUGGGCGAAGAACCGUUUGCCUGCUUGGCCAAGAGCCUAAUCGAUGGACAGAGCAAGAAAAGCAACGUCCCGGACACAGGGUGCGAGAAUUGCCCUCUGCGGCCUUGCCCACUGAGCGCUUUUGACGACAAAAGUAGAAUAUUGCCAAACCCGGAUCCACAGUUGCGCGCCUUGGCCCAGUGCACUCCGAAAGCAAGUACCUGCGGGUACACCAAAUCGAGCCAUUGCCUGAAGCCCGUCUCGUUCGUGACAGAUGGACAAGAGCAUUCGGAGCUGUUCCCGUUCAACCUGUGCACGCGCAAGAUGCUCGUCGACGGUACCUGCCCCAAACAUCUAUUGAGCACCCGCCCGUACGACGCCACGAAGCUGAACAUUUCGCUUCGCUACCACGUGCAGUGCGAUGUCGGCUUCAUGGUUCCACCGAUCGCUGCCGACAUCGGAUGCGUGCCCAGUCUGCAUCAAGCCGCUGGACUCGGCCCGGAAGAUCCACCAAUAUUUCCAGAUGACUUCAAGGAUUUCAACAACAUCAAGUUUUGCGCUGCUGGGAUGCCGCUGCCUGACCCGCUCGACUGUGUGCCGCGUCCGCUGAAGGGCUUCCCCUUGGCCGCCGGGCUGCCAGAUAGCGUCAAAAACGCUGCUCCUGACACCCCGUGCCUCUACGACGCUCGGGGAGCCAAGAAGGGCGAGGGGUUGGGCCCGUACGCCUCGCUGCCAUCUCCAUACGUGAACCUGUUCCGCCAAUGGACGCCGCAUGAAGAGCCGCAUCGCAUCUUCCCUCGCUGCAUCGACGUCAGCCGCAUUGUUGGCUUGACGGACAAGCAUAUCGAGGAGGUGCAGGCCGACUAUUUCCUGAACUGCGCCACCAAUCCCUACUACCAGAAGGCCGUCAAGGCGGGCAACCAGGCGCAAAUGGCCGCGCUGAAAAUGGAGCCGAGCAGAUGCGCCAAGCUGGUGGACAGUGAGAGUCUUUUCUGCCGCUGGCUCGAUUUCCCCAAAACGCCGACUGGCGCGUCAGCUGCCGAGAAGCAAGAAACCUCGCCCGGCCUGGCCGUUCUCUUGAGCUGGCCGUGCUUGCUCGUUUACAACGUCAUCCUGUACGGUUGCUUGAUCGGCGGCCGUUUUUACCUGCGGCGGCGAUUCCUGAAGGAAUGGAAUGCGAUCCCUGUCCCAGAUCUGGACUGGAAGACGAUCAUCGAGCCGGAGCGGGAAGAGGCGCCCGAGGAGUUGAAGACUGUCGUGGCCAAGUUUGUUGAGGACGUGUGUCAGACCGGACCGGAGGAAUUAUGGGACCAAUGGACUCGGGCGUCCAACUGGACGCCCGAACCCCGACCGUCAACGGAGGCAUUUAACAACCAUAUGGAGAAGAACCGCUUUGCGUUAUUCCCUUGCGCGGAUCACAAUCGCUUCAAGUUGGCGAACUAUGAUGAAGCAGACGAAAAAGGAUCCGACUACAUCAACGCAUCCAUGUUCAAACUGAAAGGAUGCGAGGCCCACUGGAUCCCCACGCAGGCGCCGAUGCCCAACACGCGCGAUGAUUUUUGGCGCAUGAUGUUUUCGAUGACUAGACCGGACUUCGUCGCCCAGAACUGCGACGCGAAGAUCUACUGCUUGAACAACAUCGACCCCGUGCCAAAUGGCGCGAAUUUCUGGCCGUGCGAGUUCGGAGAGGGUGCCGUGUGGCGCGAGAAGUGGUACUGCGCCUUCGGCAAGUGGAGCCCCUACUUGACUACUGUGAUCCAUGAGCGCGAUGUCGCCACGUACUAUUGUCAAGUCGAGCGGAAUAUUGGCGCACCGGCCUGCGAACUCCAGAAGCCUGCCAUCUACUACCCGGCCAGCGGUAAAGAUUUCCGCAGCAAAGUCCGGGCGAUUGCGCGCCUCGUCAAUUUUGAGGACCCUGUUGUGCCGGUCUACGUGGUGGUGUGUUCGUCGGGUGCCGCCUGGUCGGCCGUCUUCAUCAUGGUGUUCGUCAUCAUCGACCGUCUGACCGCUGGCACUGAAGUCUCGGUGACCGAGUUGUGGCACGAGCUGCGCACGGCGCGCCCGUAUGCCAUCACCGACGCCAAGCAGUGGCUGGCCGUCCACAUGGCCGUUUUUGAGUACAUCAAGGUGCACCUGCCGGAGCACAAUGACGCCAUCGAACGGUUCCUCGACGCCGCCGAGAAGGUUGCGGCCGCCAACGGGAAGGUUGCGGCCGCCAAGGGGAAA